AUACCACUCUCUCUACCUCCUCAACCUAUACCCAGACUCCUCUACUCUCUUCUAUUGCCCCUCCGCAUUUCGUCAUCAGUCCCGAGCACUCUCAACCAGGCGCGACAUCCAACUCACCAGGCUACUCUCGACGCUACCAGGCAUGGCAGACAGCAGGCCAUACCAGACACGAGAGGGCCUUCCCUCAGGCUACAUCGCACAAUGGGACGCAACAUACAAGACCUAUUUCUACGUCAAUGAACACUCAAGCGACAAGACACCCUCGUGGCAGCAUCCAACACCAGGCGCUCAUCCACCUCCACCACCUCCUGCGUCUGCCAGUACAGACGAACCCGGCGCGCCUCCCUCUUACGAUGCAAUCGGUGCGACUGGCGGUGUGGGCGCAGUCCCACCAGUCCAAGCAUCUCAGCAUUUUCAGCAGCAGCAACAAGCAGCACAACGGCAUCAGUCCUCAGGCGCAGGAUCAGGGCCCGGUUAUGGUCCUGGUCAAUCUGCCUCACAUCCAUGGGGUCAUGCGACGUAUCAGCCGCAACCGCAACAGCAGAUGCCAUAUGGUGCUGGGUAUCCGCCACAGAUGCAGCAAGGGUAUGGUGGACAGCCUGGCUAUGGCGCCUAUCCACAACAACAAGGGCCACCGAUGCAACAGCCGUACCAGCAACCGCAGCAACAAAGUCGAUUCGGUGGAGGCGGUAGGAUGGGCGGUGGUAUGAUGGGUGGUGGGAUGAUGAUGCCGAUGAUGCUGGGUGCAGGCGGUGGAUUACUCGCAGGCAGCUUGAUUGGUUCUAGCUUUGGUGGCCAUGGUGGGUACAAUGACCAGCAAGCGUAUCAAGAUGGAUACCAGGAUGGCCAGCAAGAUGACUUUGGUGGAGGUGGUGAUAUGGGAGGAGGCGACAUGGGAGGCGGCGGCGACUAGGGUCUCUGCUCUCUGCUCUCUGUCUCUCUGUCUGUCAGACUCUGUCUACUCUGUCUUUGUCUACUCUGUCUAUACUCUUCUCCUUGUACAUCCAGCUGUUUGUGACUGUUCUCUUUCGCGACUCAACGCGACGACCCAGGAAGCAACAAAGCAGCAAGACACGCACGCAUCCACGAAGGGCCUAGGUCGAUUGCAGCAAUAUGGAGAGAUGUACGCU